AUGCAUGCCAUGGUGACAUUCUUGCUUGCCGUUGCGGCACUAGCAGCAACACCCUCUGCCGCCAACAAGACUCCAUCACGAGUCAUACCCGGCACAUACUUUAUUGAACUUCAUGAAGACGCUGAUGUGGCUGGCUUUGCUCACAGAGUCAAGAGAGAAGCCAAUGCUCGCGUUCGCCGCCAGAUCGACUACGUGCCUGACAAGGCAAAAGCAACCGCACCUUACAAGGCUCUCUCGAUAGAGAUCAAUGAUGCCGGCAAGAUCAAUGUGGUGGCUUCCAUGGAGGGUGUUGUCAAGAUACACCCGGUUGAGAUGCAUUCCCUGGGCGGCAUUGCUCCGCCAAGCGACCGAGCCAAGGGCGAAAAGCAACGGUCUUUUGUUGGCAAACUCAGCAAACGUCAGGCAACGCGACGUGCUCUGCCCGAAACGAAUACCACGGCAUACCCCCCUCACGUCAUGAUGCAAGUUGACAAACUCCGUAGCAAAGGUAUCACAGGCAAGGGCAUCAAGAUUGCCAUGAUUGAUACCGGUGUUGACUACGAGCACCCGGCACUCGGGGGUUGCUUUGGCCCCGGAUGCCUCUUUUCCUUUGGAGCAGACUUGGUCAAUAACGAGCCCACGCCGAAGGACUGCAAUGGUCACGGAACUAAUGCCGCCGGCAUUAUUGGCGCACGACCGAACCCGAUGGGCUUUACCGGCGCGGCACCUGGCGCCCAGCUUGGCAUGUACCGUAUAACCUGCAGCGGUGAGUUUCCUAGCGACGUUAUGGUUGAUGCAAUUUACCGCGCCCUAGAGGAAGGCGUGGAUAUUAUCUCGUCAUCGGCCGGGCUUCCCGGCGGGUGGCCGGGUAGUCUCUUAUCAUCGGCCGCAACGCGGGUUGUGGAGAGCGGUGUCGUAUUCGUCCAGGGCGCAGGUAAUGACGGCGAACUCGGUCUGUUUUCGCAGUUGGACCCGGCCGUCGGCAGCGGUGUUAUUAGUGUUGGAUCAGUGCAUAGCCGUGUGUCUCCUGAACUAGUUGUUGAGGCCAAGUACACCAUCGGCAACGGAUCCGAAGUCCCCUUCCUCUUCUACCCCACAGCACCCUCGGAUAACUUCACCGGCACCCCAAUGGAGGUCUACGCCCUGCCUGUAAAUGGGUCCGGUGCUGGCAACGAUACUCAUGCUUGUGGACCGAUCCGUGAUGACAUACCAGAUUUAAGCGACAAACUCGUCUUGCUCCAUUUUCGCCUUAGCCCUGGGGACUGUAACUUGUGGACUAGGGUCAAGUUGGUUCAUGAAAAGGGGGCUACGCGUAUUCUUGCAUAUAUGGCAAGUGAAGACUGGACCCCUGGCUUGUAUUACCUGGAUGACUUUCCCGAAGGCGUCGUCGGCCUCGGAAUGCUCGAGUUUAAUAGCGCGAAGUCGAUGCUCAAGGCCCUUGAGGCUGGCCGCAAGGUCCUCGCCACGGCCUUCCCAUAUGAUGACGCACCAUUAGUCUAUGUUGAGACGCCAAAUGAGAAAGUUGCAGGCUCUGUUUCCUCCUUCAGUUCCUGGGGCCCUUCUUGGAAUCUCGGCCUCAAGCCUUCCCUAACCGCGGUUGGCGAACGAAUCAUCACGACGUCUCCUAGGGAUCAAUAUAUUUCUGGCUACGAAAUUACACAAGGAACUUCGUUUUCAGGUCCGCUCAUUGCUGCCAUCGUUGCACUGAUUGGCGAGGCCCGCGGCUCUCUGGAUGCAGCCACUAUCGAGAGCCUUCUUGUUUCGCACUCGCAUCCACAGCUUUACCAUAACAGACACGGUUUCUUGUCCUACCUUGCCCCUGUUGCACAGCAGGGCGGUGGUCUGGCGCGUGCCUACGACGCUGCCUACGCUACAACUCUUGUCCAACCUGCAAGCCUUAGCUUCAACGACACUGAACAUAUGCAUACGGCAGCCCCGUUCAGCUUUACCAUCAAGAAUAUGGGGGCAGGCGUUGUCACGUACCGUCUUUCUCACGUUCCCGCCGUCACCGUGUAUACUUUUACGCAAAAUGGCACCAUUUCAUCGUAUCCCAAUAAGCUUGACACACUCGAGGUUCCGGCCACUAUUACCCUUAGUGACACAACUGUCACCGUAGCCCCGGGUAAUUCCGUCAACAUCCGUGUAUCAGCAUCAGCUCCUAAAAGCCUCGACCCCAGUCGCAUGCCCCUAUGGUCUGGCUGGAUUGCGAUAAACGGGUCUGAUAGCAGUUCACUCUCUGUUCCUUAUCAGGGUUUCUCCGGCUCAAUCCGCAAACACCAGGUCCUGCCACCCGACGGCGCCACGCUCGUCUAUCGAAAUGUGUCCGUGAGCGAGGGUACCACUGUUGUCCUACCAACACCAGGCUCUAUCACGACAUCUCAACUUAUGUUGAAUAUCAAUGCAACACUAGGAACCCCUCUUGUUCGUGCUGAGGUUGUUCCCUUAAAUAGCACAGCCAAUGCAACCAAUAUUGCUACCAAGCCGAUUGGUCAGCUUCAGGGGUUUCCUGUCCAGUGGCGCCCGAGCAACUUGCAGCAAUCACCUGACUUGCUUCAAUUCACCCAAUUUAAAUGGAAUGGCCAGCUCGACACAGGUAGUAAUGUACCCGAGGGCUACUAUAAACUCGUCGUGCGAGCCCUGAGAAUUUUCGGUAACCCUAGCAAUGACGAGGACUGGGAUAUUAGUGAGUCGCCGCGGUUCCAGAUUACAUACUGCCAAAAAAGAAAUUCAUCUACCACUGUUCGUCGCCGAGCCGAAAAGGGAUACAAUUAG